AUGGGGGUUGGUCUAGGCUACUACAUUACUACAGUUGUGGCUUCACCUGACUGGCUAGUGGUUGUUGUUGAAAGGGACUCUGGUUUUGGUUUUAAAGCCAUGGAAGUGGAGAGAGUUCCCAUUGACCUGCGAGCUGAUGCCGCGAACUGCAUGAGCUUUGAAGCAAGUUCCCGGAUCCGGGACCCAAUUUACGGCUGCUCUCAGAUGAUCUCACAACUGCAGCAACAAAUAAGUGAGACCCGGCUAGAAAUAGCAAAAAUCCGAGGUCAGAUUGCCUUUUACGAUGCACAACAACAACAGCUGUUGCAUUUUGACUGGCAGAAUCAAUUGAACAGUGUUCCAACUCCAAGUGAACAGCAUGGGUUUUGUUUGGCUGAGGAAAACUCUUACCCCAAUCCCAAUUAA